AUGUCUCUGUUUCUAAAUUAUUUUUUGAAGACUUCUUUCAGCUGUAAUCAACGAUUGUUUUUACCCUGCAGGCAAUUACAUUCUACACAAGUGAGGCUGCUGUAUGCCCCUGCAACAAUUGGAAUAGAUGGGUAUUUACAGGCCAGGAAAAAUGUCAAAGAACAAUUUGUCAAUUUCUCUGAGAAAUUUAAAACUAAAAUGAAUGAUUUUGUCUCCGAUUCCAAAAACAUGAUAUUCACUGAAGAUUUGAAGAACAUGGUUCAUUUGGCAGAACCAUCAGACUUGCAACUUGUACUAAAUAUGAUUAAAAAAUUCAACACACAAAGUACAGAGUUCAGAUUUGGUUCAUUCGUGUUUGGCCCAGUUGUAAUGAGGAUGUUUCAUUUCUUAGAUGCUCCUAAAGAAGCACUGCAGUGUUUUGAAGAACCAGCAAAUGAUGGUUUUUUUGAUCAACAAGUGUCAUACCAGAUAUUACUUGAUUUACUGUAUUGUCAUGAAAUGUUUGAUGAGAUGUACAGGGUCUUUGAGAAAGUACAAAAGAAACAAAUAAAUAUGACAAAGUUUCCUAAAUACUGUGUGGUGUUGAUAAUGGCAGCUUGUUAUAAAGAGAAUACACCAAAAAGUUUAGAAUAUGCAACAAAACUAUGGUCAGAUAUGGCUUCAACGGGAACAUUACCACUCAGAAGAGCGGCGACUUCUUUUGCUGGACUCGCAUUAAAACAGGGAGCUCCUCACAUCGCCUUGGAAUCAAUAUCAGGCCAACGACAGCAUUAUAUCACAAUUAGAAAUAUUAAGGCCAUGGCUCUAGCUGAUAUGGGCAGAGUGGACGACGCAAUACCGAUAUUACGAAGUGUAUUAAACAUCGAUUCACCCGAUCAGAAAGACAAGCACACAUUCUUUGAAGAAACUAUAUCCAAAGUUGGUGAAGCAGUUGAAAAAACGAACAACAAGGAUACCAAGAUCGAAUUCGAGGAUGUCAGGAAGGCACUUAUAGAGAGAGGACUCAUUGAUAAGGAUACUCUCGACAGUCAUCUGAAUUUUGAAAUUAAAAUACAAAACAAGUUUAAGGAUGCACCACGUGGAAUGCCUUUUCAAUCGAGAAACAUGCCGUUUGGCCAACGAAAAAUUAGGAAGGAUUUGCAAUAGUUACUAAAUUAUUAAUAAAUAAAAAUGUGAGAAUGGACUGUGUAAAAGCUAUCAUCAAAACUGAUUGAGCUGUAGGUACCUGAAAAUAAGGCAUGA